AUGGUAUUCAUCGACAACAUCUUGGUAUAUUCUAAGUCUGAGGACAAGCAUGAUAAGCAUCUCAGAGUAGUUUUACAGACUCUUCGUGAGAAACAGCUGUAUGCAAAGUUUAGUUCGUCUGAGGGGAUUCAUGUUGAUCCUAAUAAGAUCAAGGCUGUGUUGAGUUGGAAACAGCCGAGGAAUAUGUCUGAAAUUUGUAGCUUUCUAAGGCUGGCAGGAUAUUAUCGGCACUUCGUAGAAGGGUUCUACUUGAUCGCAGCUCCGAUGACUAAGCUUCUACGUAAGGGAGUUCUUUUCGUUUGGACUAUUACGCACCAAGAGAGUUUUGAUAAGCUUAAGAUUAUUUUGACUCAAGCUCCUGUUCUGAAUCUGAGUGGGCUAAGGUCCACACCGAUUCUAUAA